AUGCGUAGUGUCCAUGGCCGAAAGACGCGUAAGGUGAUCACACUUAACAAUUUGAAUCAGCCCAUUGGUCCUACUAAUGAAGAUGUAAGAGAGUUUGGUAGCUUCCUCGGUACAUUGGCAAGGACUGCAACGGUUUGCCCAAUGGAUAUAUUGGAUUGGAGAAAAAUGGACACAAAAGACGAUUUAUGGAUAUAUACCAAGUUGAAGUAUGAUAUUCCUGAUGCUGCAAAAACAUGGACUUUAUUUUCAAUUGGAAAUGCUUGGAGAAGGCAUAAAAGUCAACUAAAGAAAGAUCAUUAUGAUGCCAAUCAAAAUGAUGAAAUUCGAAUGACAAAAAGGCCCGAUUAUAUACCAGAAUAUCAGUUUAAAGAGCUCCUGAAAUAUUGGAGUUCUGAUAAACUACAGAGAUCAUCCGAAAUCAACAAGGAGAAUCAAAAAAAGUUGACGGAUCCACACACUGCUGGCAAAACAAAUUUUGCUGAAAAAACAAAGGAACCUGUAUCACUUAAGGAGAUGUUUGUGGCCACAAGAGCAAGAAAACCUGGGCAUGUGUACAAGGACUCAGACGAAAAUACAACUAGUAAAAUUGUUGAAAUGGAAAAAAUUGAAACACAACAAAGUGUAGAUGGCAGUCAGUCUGUUGAUGCAUUUUCAUCUAUCAUUGGUCCUGAACAUCCAGGAAGUUUAAGAUUAUAUGGACGGGGGGUUACAAAGACUACUUUGAAAGGAAAAGUGAGCCAUUUCAUGCUGACUUCAAAUGCCACAAAUGAUACAGUGCAAGAAAUGCAAGAAAGGAUUCGAAAGAUGGAGUAA